AUGCCCUGUCUCGAGUCACCUGCACCGCCCAACGAACACGCGCAGUUUUCGGUCAAGCGGUUCUUCAUAACCUGCGCGCGACAGACACUGACCCCCCCACUCAACCCCAACAACCUUGCCGUCAAGGGUCAGCCACAGUGCUCUCCUGUAGCUACCUCUGCAGAUACAGCUGUCUUUAAAAUCGGGGUGAGGGAGUGUGGCACAAGGAUGAUGACCUCCAUCAUCCUGGCCCUUUUCCUUUUUCCAGAUGAGUCCUUUACCUCUUUCCUCCCUGAGGACCAGCUGCCCCUGACCCUCUAUCUGCGUAAGCCUGUGUAUGUGGAGGUGUCAAUCGCUCCACCCUCCCCUGACCCCAGUCUCUCCCUGCGUGUGCGUGACUGCUUCGCCUACCCUGCCUCCAGACACUCCGUAUGGACACUACUCUAUGAUGGCUCUCCUAACCCUCUGGACAACAUGAGGAGUUCUGUCCCAGUGGACAGUCAGGGGAAGACAACCUCUCACUCCCAGGUCAGGAGGUUUGAUGUCAAGACCUUUUCCUUCGUGGACCCUGAGACGGGCAAUCUCAGUGUGGAGGAGCACCUGAUGGUGAGAGGGCGAGGAGGGAGUCUGGGUCAGAUCGAGUCACCCAGUUAG